AAUCAGCUGUUUUGGGUGGUAGAUCAAAACAAAGACAAUUUUAGAGAAAAAUUGUUUAUAAUUUAAAAACCUCGGAGAUACCAGAGAUUCCGAUGGAUGGCCAUCUGCGCCUGCACAAGGUGGGCGACUAUGCCGCACCUAGUCUCCAGGAGAAGUCCAGCAAGGCAGGCGGUAACAUGGAACAGCUUUCGGGAGUGAUGAUAAUUAUAAUAAUUAGUGGCGGAGUACUCACCUGCCUGAUGUUGUUUAUCUUCGCCAAGCGGCAGAUUAUGCGUUUCCAGCUGCGUGGACGCCGUGGGCCCCAUGUCCCAGUGGGCAACGAUGCUAAGAAGGCGUUGCGGAGGGAGAUUGAGCGACGGCUAGACUGUAUUCAGAAAAUUACUCAAGAACCAAAACUGCUUUGGAACGAUGGCGAAAAGUACAUCGUUCAGCCAGAGCAGGAAGCACCGCUGCCGCCUUACUACUACCGCAUGAAGGCGGUGGACGAUGUGAAGCUACUGGAAUCGGAGAUUGCCCGAGCGGAUGGCAGCUCACGUCAUGCCCCUGAAAGUCUGAGGGCCUUCCUGCUGACCACUUUAUCAGUCACGUUGAACGGAGCUGGACAGCGAAUGAUACAUCAGUACUGCGAUAUGUACGAGCACGCUAGGCAUGAUCCCAAUGAGUUCGGGAAGGAUGAGUACGAGGCCUAUCACCAUUUGCUGCUAAAACUUCUGGAAGCAUCAAAACAGCUAAAGAACUAUAAUUCUCGGAAGGCUUCCCCAGCUCGAACACCCCGAAAGCAAACUAAAAUGCAUUCUCUGCUGGAUCCCGCUCGCCUCCGACCUCCAACUACCUUGGAAAAUGUGCAAACCAGCAGUGAACUUACGACUGGACAGCAUGCCAAGGUGAAUUUGACGCUAGGUCUACAGGGUGGUGGUGGUGGAGGUGGCGAUGGAGAUGCUGAACUAGCCACCAAUCCGCUUCAUCUACAGGCGCCAUCCGACAGGGAUCUCAUUAUACGCAAUAGAAUAAAGACGCCUACCCUGGACGACAUCAUAGUGGAGGCCGAUCAUCACCAGAGUAGCGAUGCAGGCAUUAUGGAAGACAACGAAAUCAAAAGCAUUUCGUCCAUGCAAUUUCAAAGGAACUCUAGCAAUGUCUGAUAUAACUUCCAAAAAAUUGCCCAGAACUGGGUCAGUUGUUAUUAAGAUUCGGUGACGUAGUCAGCCAUUUAAAACUUUUGGCUUUCCCCAGGGGGCAGCCUCUGAAAAUCGAUAUGCUAUAUGAAGAUUUCAUGCUACCCACAGAUUUGUAUGAAAAAAACGAUAAAGAUGUGGAACCCAACAAGAACAUACGUCUUACUAAUCUGGCAAAAGUGAUUCAUAGUUUCCAAAUAAACAAAGAAUUUCUGUCCAAGAUUAAAA